AUGGCCAUGUCCAUGCCCGGCGCCACCACCACAGCGUACGAGGACUGGUGGAACACCAGCUGGCGUGCGUUCAGCAGCUUGCGGUCGAUGCGCGCGAUCACGUGGCCCGUGUCGUCCUUGAUGUCGCCGCGCAUGUCGUUCCAGCUGCCCUUCAUCGUCAGGGCCUCGGGCUUGCCGGUGGCCUUGGUCGCGAACUUGGCCGUCGCGGAGGUGCCCAAGACUGGGUGGUGGUCCCGGUUAGCUGAUGCGAGGUGCGUGCCGUUGGCGGCGUCGAACACCGACCGGCGCGCGCCCAUCGAUAGCACCUUGGCCUUGACCUUGAGCAACGGCCUGCCGUCGGCCAGGAGCACGUCAAACGAGUCGCCCGGCAGCGGCACAAUCUUUUCCUUGAGGACAAGCGUCUCGGUCUUGUCGGACGUGUACUGCGGAUAG